UCGAAUCACUGAAGAAGCUUCGACAAAACAGGAGCGAGUCGGCUGGAUAAGUUCGAAAAAGAUCAUUGUGUUCCUCAGACGGACUGUGAGGCUGUUUUCAACAGCGGUUAUUUACAAGAUGGCUCCCACUAACGUCUUUCAGCCGUACUCCUCAGAAGCGGGAUGCAGCUGCCCACUGGAGUCAGAGCUGAGAGCAGUGCUGCAGCAAAGGAUCAUGGUCUUGGAUGGUGGAAUGGGAACUAUGAUCCAACAGCAAAAGCUUGAAGAAGAAGAUUUCAGAGGGGAGGAGUUCAAAACACACACACUGCCGCUGAAAGGCAACAAUGACAUUCUCAGCAUCACACAGCCGGACAUCAUUUACAAAAUACACAAGGAGUACCUGCUGGCUGGUGCUGAUAUCAUAGAGACCAACACUUUCAGCAGCACGUCCAUCGCCCAGGCAGACUACGGACUUGAACACAUGGCUUAUCGUCUCAACAAAGCAUCAGCACAGCUGGCGAGGAGGGCAGCGGACGACGUCGCUAAACAAUGCGGUGAUAAACGCUACGUGGCUGGGGCCGUGGGUCCCACCAAUAAGACCUUGUCUGUUUCACCAUGUGUGGAGAGACCAGAUUUCAGGAACAUCACGUUCGAUGAGCUGGUAGAAGCCUAUUCAGAGCAGGUACGAGGGUUAUUAGACGGGGGAGUGGACAUCCUUCUAGUGGAAACCAUCUUUGACACUGCCAAUGCAAAGGCUGCCUUGUUUGCGAUCGACCUGUUAUUUGAAAAGGGCUUCGAACGAAAGCCAGUCUUUAUCUCAGGGACCAUUGUGGACCGCAGUGGACGGACUCUGUCUGGUCAGACUGGAGAAGCCUUUGUAGUGAGUGUAUCACAUGCUGAACCGCUCUGUAUUGGUCUGAACUGUGCUUUGGGGGCAAAAGAGAUGAGACCAUUCAUUGAGGCCAUAGGAAAAAGCACCACAGCUUUCAUUAUCUGUUAUCCCAAUGCAGGCCUUCCCAACACAUUUGGAGGGUAUGAUGAAACUCCACAAGUAACAGCCUCCAAUUUAAAGGAGUUUGCUAUGGAUGGACUUGUGAAUAUUGUGGGAGGCUGUUGUGGAACUACUCCAUCACACAUAAGAGCCAUAUCUGAAGCAGUCAGACACUGUGUGCCGAGAGCUCCUGCUGCUGAUAUUUAUCAAGACUACUUGCUGCUCUCUGGUUUAGAACCGUUCACCGUUGGCCCACACACCAACUUUGUAAACAUCGGUGAGCGUUGCAAUGUGGCUGGGUCACGCAAAUUUGCUAAGCUGAUCAUGGCUGGAAACUAUGAGGAGGCUCUGAGCAUCGCUAAGGCCCAGGUGGAGAUGGGAGCUCAGGUCCUGGAUAUAAACAUGGAUGAAGGGAUGCUAGACGGACCAAAAGCCAUGGCUCGAUUCUGUAGCUUCAUUGCUUCUGAGCCUGAUAUUGCACGGGUUCCUCUGUGUAUCGACUCCUCUAACUUCUCAGUGAUUGAGGCUGGGCUGAAAUGCUGCCAGGGGAAGUGCAUAGUGAACAGCAUCAGUCUGAAGGAGGGCGAGCAGGAGUUUCUGCUCAGAGCUGCCACUGUGAAGCGUUACGGAGCUGCUGUGGUGGUCAUGGCUUUUGAUGAGGAGGGGCAGGCCACAGAUACGGAGCGCAGAGUGGAGAUUUGCACUCGUGCCUACAAGCUGUUGGUCAACAAAGUGGGAUUCAACCCAAACAACAUCAUCUUUGACCCCAACAUCCUGACCAUUGGUACAGGCAUGGAGGAACACAACGAGUACGCAAUCAGCUUCGUCGCGGCCACUAAACUUAUUAAGGAAACAUUGCCAAGAUCCAGGGUGAGUGGAGGUCUGUCCAACCUGUCCUUCUCUUUCCGAGGAAUGGAGGUGAUCAGAGAAGCUAUGCACGGGGUGUUUCUGUACCACGCUAUCAAGAACGGUAUGGAUAUGGGAAUAGUGAAUGCAGGGAACCUGCCCGUUUAUGACGACAUCGACAAGGAACUGCUGACACUGUGUGAGAACCUCAUCUGGAACAGAGAUGGCGAUGCUACGGAGAAACUGCUGGCAUAUGCACAGAACAACACCAAAGGAGGGAAGCAGAUCAUUCGGACAGAUGAGUGGAGGGAAGGAAGUGUAGAGGAGCGGUUGGAGUACGCUCUGAUUAAGGGAAUAGAGAAGUAUGUGGUGGAGGAUGUUGAAGAGUGUCGUGCUCAGGUUCACCGCUACACUCGACCCCUUCGUAUCAUUGAGGGACCCCUGAUGAACGGCAUGAAGGCGGUGGGAGACUUGUUUGGAGCUGGAAAGAUGUUCCUGCCACAGGUCAUCAAGUCGGCUCGUGUUAUGAAAAAGGCGGUUAGUUAUUUGAUACCUUUCAUGGAGAAGGAGAGGCAGGAGAUCAUGGCUGCGUCUGGAUCCUCUGAUGAGACGGAUCCCUACCAAGGCACCAUAGUUCUGGCUACAGUGAAGGGAGAUGUCCAUGAUAUUGGCAAAAACAUUGUAGGUGUAGUGCUGGGUUGCAACAACUUCAGAGUGAUCGACCUGGGUGUAAUGGUUCCAUGUGAUCAGAUCCUCAGAGAGGCCGUUACACAGAAAGCAGAUGUCAUUGGUCUGUCUGGUCUUAUCACCCCUUCUCUGGAUGAGAUGAUCUAUGUGGCCAAAGAGAUGGAGAGACUGGGAAUGACCACACCACUGCUGAUUGGAGGAGCCACCACAUCAAAGGUACACACAGCAGUGAAGAUUGCCCCUCGCUACAGCUGCCCUGUUAUCCAUGUUCUGGAUGCUUCCAGGAGUGUGGUGGUGUGUUCACAGCUACUGGAUGAAACAGCAAAGGAAGAGUACUUCGAGGAGCUGAAAGAGGAGUAUGAGGAGAUCAGACAAGAGCACUAUGAUUCCCUGAAGGAUCGCUGUUACCUGUCUCUGUCCCAGGCUAGAGAGAAGGCAUUAAAGAUAGACUGGCACUCUCUGCCCAAGCCAGUUUGUCCUCAGUUCCUGGGCACCCGUGUGUUUGACUUGUACGAUCUGAACAGCCUGCUGGACUUCAUCGACUGGAAGCCGUUCUUUGAUGUGUGGCAGCUGAGAGGAAAAUACCCCAACAGGGGAUACCCGAAGAUCUUCAAUGACAAGACCGUUGGUUCAGAAGCUCGCAAACUCUUUGAUGAUGCCCAGCAGCUGAUCCACCAGAUGAUUGAUGACUGCAGACUGAAGGGGCGGGGCCUGGUGGGAUUCUGGCGUGCUCAGAGUAACGGUGACGACAUCAGGGUGUACAAAGAUGACGUCGCAGUGGACGGGGACACAGAACCCAUCGCCACGUUCCACGGCUUACGGCAGCAGGUGGAGAAGGAUGGCUCCUCCUCCGAGCCGUACCUGUGUGUGUCUGACUUUGUGGCCCCUGUAGACAGCGGUGUGGCAGACUACAUUGGAUUGUUUGCUGUGGGUGUGUUUGGAGCUGAAGAACUGAGUCAGCAGUUUCAAGCUCAGGGAGAUGACUAUAAUAGCAUCAUGGUCAAAGCUCUGGCCGAUCGACUAGCUGAGGCAUUUGCUGAAGAGCUCCAUGCUCGUGUGCGUAAGGAGCUGUGGGGCUACAGCACUGAUGAGGCUCUGCAUACCUUGGAUCUCCACAGAGUUCGAUACAAAGGAAUCAGACCGGCAGCUGGCUACCCCAGCCAGCCCGACCACACAGAGAAGACUAUCAUGUGGAGCCUGGCUAAUAUCCAGGAGAAGACUGGCAUUGGUCUGACGGAGUCCCUGGCCAUGACACCUGCCGCCUCUGUGUCUGGACUUUACUUCUCCAACCCUCAGGCUUCAUACUUUGCUGUUGGAAAGAUCACCAAGGAGCAGGUGGAGGACUAUGCCAGCAGGAAAGAGAUGAAUGUGGAGGAGGUGGAGAGAUGGCUCGCUCCCAUCCUGGGUUAUGACAAUGAAAUGUAAGCUGCAACAGAGGAUCAAGUUUACAGUCCAACCAUUCCACUUUGGCUCCCAUGAGUUGUUACUGUAACUGCUGUCACUCCCUCUCACUGACAUCCCAGAGGAUAUUCUUUACCAACCUGCACAAAGACACAGGGCCUCAGACUUUUCUAUUACCAUAAACACUACACUACCUGUAAACAGGAAAACAUUUCAUGCUAAUUGUUGACAGUUUAUCCAUCUGUCGGGUACUGGGCAGGUGGACAUAGUGGUAUUUUCUUAAAAAAAAAAUUUAAAAAGCAAAGUGCUUAAUUAAAACUACUGUGCUCUUGCUGCACAUUCAAUGGCCGAUUUCCAUAUGUGCAAUUAAAGUUUAAUACUUGUUGGAGAAGACCAUUUACACAUGCCCUCAAACAAAGAUCACUUAGAAGAAGUGAAGCACAGAAGAAGAGAUCGAAUCAAACCAAUGAUACUCACGAGGGCUCGUUAAUACCAACUGAUUUUACUUUAGCUUUUUAUUUGUAAAGAGAAGAUUUGUAGAUAAACACAGAAUGUGUUCAUUUCAAGUUUUAAUUUCACGUUGGUCAUUUUAUUUCUAAAACUUUAGCAGUAUUUUAUAUGGAAACUGAAAUGUACUGGCAUAAUAGAUAACACACUAGUAAUGACAGUAUGUUGUUCAAGUUUAAAAAAAAAACUUGAACAACAACAUAUACAUAAAACAUUUCAAACUCGUGUGUCCACAACUGUUCUUUGUCUGCACAUUUAGGGAAAUAAGACGGAUUAUGUCAGGUUAUAAUGCUGUUUCUGUCAAGUAAUUUUGGUGCUAGUUGCUUCAAUCAGACUAUUUUAAUAUUUCAGCACAAGGGUUGGUGAGCACUACUGUUUACAUUGUGAUUUCUGUGUAGUUUGUUUUAUAGACAUUUUAUCAAAGUAAAUGUAGUUUAUGGAUCAGUAAUAGAUACUUGACAGACUAAAGGACAAAUAUGACAGCGUUGUUGUUAAGAACAUUUUCUGACAUAAACCAUGAAAAAAGGUUUCUGGAUAUUUCUGGACAGCCAGUGUUAAUCUUAAACUGCUCGGGGUCCAGUCAUGUUCAAAUGUCAAAUCAGGAGAUUCGACAGUUGAAAGAUUUGCUGGUUAAGUGCUCUUUACAAAUCUUAAUGCUGCAGUGUCUGUUUAACGUUUUUAUGGAACUUUGAUACCUAUUUCAUCUUUACAAAA